UAUAUAUACACACACAUAUUAUAAGUUUGGGCGUCACGGACUCACGGGUCUUGAUUCUCUCUUUUACAUGGCAAUCUGUUGCGCAACAAACUUCACACCAAGUGCCCAGUUUUAUAUUCUCCAUUACUCUGUUACUCCUUCGUCCUAAACUGCUCACUCUCUCUGGCCAACCAUGUCAGUCUCUUGUUAUUCUUGUAGUUUUUGGUCCAUUCUCAUCCCUUUGCUCUUAUUUCUUAUAAAUAUCCUACGCACCUCAAACUCUUUAUACACGCCUACCACCAACACCACCAGCCAACUCUCCAUCAACUACUACGCCAAGUCCUGCCCCCAGCUCGACCAGCUCGUGGGGUCUGUCACCGCCCAACAGUUCAAAGAAGCUCCCAUCUCCGGACCCGCCACCAUUCGGCUCUUCUUCCACGACUGUUUCGUUGAAGGCUGUGAUGCAUCAAUAUUGAUUUCAACUACAUCAGGAAGCAAAGAACUAGCGGAGAAGGAUGCGCAGGAUAACAAGGAUCUAGCAGUGGAGGCGUUUGAUAGCAUAAAGAAGGCCAAGGCAUUGGUGGAGAGCAAAUGCCCUGGCGUUGUAUCCUGUGCUGACAUUCUAGCAAUUGCAGCUAGAGACUUUGUUCAUUUGGCAGGGGGUCCUUAUUAUGAAGUGAAGAAAGGGAGGUGGGAUGGAAAAAUAUCAAUGGCAUCUAGUGUGCACUCCAAUCUUCCACGCUCAAAUUCCAGUGUCAAUGACCUUCUUAAGCUUUUCAGUUCCAAAGGGCUAACGAUGGACGAUCUAGUCGUCCUCUCAGGUGCACAUACCAUUGGCUUCGCUCACUGUGAACAAUUUGUAUCCCGGCUCUACGACUACCAAGGCACCAAGCAGGCUGACCCUGCCUUUGAUCCGAGACUCCUCAAGGCCUUGAAAAUGUCAUGUCCACACUACGGUGGCAAUGCAGAUGUUAUUGCUCCUCUUGAUGUAACAACUCCCUUCUCAUUUGACAAUGCUUACUACGGAAAUUUGGAGUCUAAGUUGGGGUUGCUAGCCACAGACCAGGCUCUAUUUUUGGACCCUAGGACCAAACCUUUGGUUCAAGUUCUAGCUAAGGACAAACACAACUUCUUCCAAGCAUUUGCAACGGCUAUGGACAAAAUGGGCUCAAUUGGUGUGCAGAGGGGAACAAAACAGGGGGAGAAAAGGAAAGAUUGCAGUGUUCACCCAUGACCAUAUAUAUUUGCUUCAUUUAAUUUCCACAUUGUUUAUUUCUCAUUUCCAUUGUGUGUGUGUGUGUUUUUGAGGUUUUGGAUUGUUUUUGGUUUUAGUAGUGUCGUGCAUUUGCAGUAGAUGAGGCCUUGUAUUAUAGGGUUAGAUUUUCUUUCAUACAAGUGGAGUGAGGGUGCUUCACAUAAAAAUAAAUAAAUAAAUAAAUAAAAAAUUA